GGUGGUGUCCCUCCCCCUCCCCCGCUCCCUGCAGGUGACCCUUGUCCAGCCUUGCCUGCCGCAGAAGGCUGGGUGCCCCUUCCUCUGGGUGUCCUCUGUCUGCAGCUCUGCUGUCAGGUAAUGCCAGCCCCAACCCCCUGGACCAAUCACUCUGAUCAGACUUUGAUCCCCUGAUCUUAAGCCAGGUCAGAUGUCAGAGGGGAGCCCUGUUCUGGCUGCUUUUCCUCCGCAGGGCUUCCCCUUUCUUGUUCUUUGAUCACAGAUUUAGGGACACCUUGGUUCAACUUUCCAGGGAAUGUGGGGAUGGGGCUGAAAACAAAGGAAGCUCGGUACCAGAUGUAAGGCUGACCUCCUGACUCCGGCAUCUCCACAGUGAGGCCUUCCAGGGCCCUGCGGUGACAGCUCUCACAUUGCCAGUAGGGGACACAAUCCUCAGGAUGUUCCAAGGGAAAUAGGAUCCAGAACCAGAGCCUCGAACCCAUACCCCAGGGAUGGGGACCCCAGCCCACCAUCUGUUGGCUGGCCUGUGCAUGGGGGUGGUCUUGGGCUGGGUGGGAGGCUCAGUCCCCAGCCUGGGCCCAGCUGAGCAGGAACAGAACCACUACCUGGCCCAGCUGUUUGGCCUGUACGGAGAGAACGGAACACUGACCGCGGGAGGUCUGGCUCGGCUUCUCCACAGCCUGGGGCUGGGUCGAGUUCAGGGGCUUCGCCUGGGACACCAUGAGCCCCCUACCGGGCGGGCUGCAGCCCCAAGUGGCGACAACUUCACACACAGGCUGCAGGAACCAGAGCUGAGUGUGGGUGUCUGGACAGGAGUGCCUCUGGGUCCUUCAGGCUGGGGUGACCUGGAGGAAUCCAAGACCCCUGACCUGCCCAGCGAGCCAGGGCCCUCGGGCCUAGACCUCUUCCACAGGCUUCUGCUGCUGGACCAUUCAUUGGCUGACCAUCUGAAUGAAGAUUGUCUGAACGGCUCCCAGCUGCUGGCCAAUUUCGGCCUGAACCCUGUGGCUCCUCUGACCCCUCGUCAGUUUGCUCUGCUCUGCCCAGCCUUGCUUUACCAGAUCGACAGCCGUGUUUGCAUCAAAACCCCAGCUCCAGCACCUCCAGGAGACCUCCUGUCUGCCCUGUUUCAUAGCGCCCUGGCGGUCCUGCUGCUGAGCCUCCCUGCUCCCCUCUCCCUGCUCCUGCUGAAGCUCCUGGGACCUCGUCUAUUGCGGCCCGUGCUGGCCUUCCUGGGGGCCCUGGCCGUGGGCACUCUCUGUGGGGAUGCCUUGCUGCACCUGCUGCCACAUGCACGAGGAGGGCACCACAGAGGACCUGGUGAGCAACCAGAGGAGGACCUGGGUCCGGGGCUGUCGGUGCUCGGUGGCCUCUUCCUGCUCUUCGUGCUGGAGAACAUGCUGAGACCUGUGCAGCACAGAGGACUCGGGCCAAGAUGCUGCAGGAACAAAAGGGAUCGUGGAGAACCAAACCCUGACCCAGAGGAUGGCGGUGGGAUGGUCCUUCGACCCCUACAGGCGGCUUCAGAGCCAGAGGUUCAGGACCAGAGGGAGAACAGCCCGUCCCCGCCAGCUCCAGUCCCUCCUGGGCACCGAGGCCACGGUCAUGCGCACCAGGGUGGUAGCAGUAUCGCAUGGAUGGUCCUCCUGGGAGACGGCCUGCACAACCUCACUGAUGGGCUCGCAUUAGGCGCUGCCUUCUCCGACGGCUUCUCCAGCGGCCUCAGCACCACCCUCGCCGUCUUCUGCCACGAGCUGCCCCACGAACUGGGUGACUUCGCAAUGCUGCUUCAGGCGGGGCUGUCCUUCCGGAGGCUGCUCCUGCUCAGCCUCGUGUCUGGAGGCCUGGGCCUGGGGGGUGCGGCCCUCGGGGUGGGGCUCAGCCUGGGCCCUGUCCCCCUCACUCCCUGGGUGUUUGGAGUCACGGCUGGGGUCUUCCUCUACGUGGCGCUCGUGGAUAUGCUACCAGCCCUGCUCCGUCCUCCCGAGCCCCUGCCUGGGCUCCAUGUGCUCCUGCAGGGGCUGGGGCUGCUGCUGGGCGGCAGCCUCAUGUUUACUAUCGCCCUGCUGGAGGAACAGCUACUGCCCGUGGUUCCUGAUGGCUGAUGGGGCCAGUGGCAAAGGAUCCAGGUUGCCCUUCCUUCCCCCCAACCACAGGAACGGAGGCGGGACACAGGGCCAGUAGGAGCAACAGGAUUUUAAUAAACAGAACCCAUCCCAAAGCCA